AUGUUAUUUAUAUUACUAUUAUUUGAUUUCAUUGCAUCGUUAACUGCCAUAUUAUACCCUCUUCAUGCCAAAGCUCAAUUAUAUUUUGACUUGAGUAAUAUAUCAACUAUUGGCACUUUAUAUUUUACACAAAUCAAUUCUCAAAGUCCGGUUUUUAUUCAUGGUACGUUGAAAGGUUUACCACCUCAUCAUUCGUAUCGUGGUUUUCACGUUCAUGAACAAUGGAUCGACAGAUUAAUCAAUAGUUGCACAGCAGCCGGACCACAUUUUAAUCCGUAUAAUCAUUCUCAUGGUGCUCAAAAAUCUCCAUCGAAUCAACGUCACGUAGGAGAUUUAGGAAAUAUAUUAACAGAUCAAAAUGGCUAUGCUGUCAUUCACCUUACUGAUCCUAUUAUUCGAUUAGAUGAUGGAAAUCAAUCGAUUAUUAAUCGUACAAUUGUUAUUCAUCAAGAUGUUGAUGAUUUCGGUCUUGGACAAUAUCCUGAUUCAAAAACAACUGGUCACGUUGGAUCACAUGUAGCAUGUGGAGUGAUUUAUGCAACAUAA